GUGUCUGAAUAUGAAGUGUGGCUUAUCUCAUCUGUGUCUUCAGCCGUGCCAAUCGUCAUUAUGUAUUACUAGUUCUGGAAUUUAGGAGUUUACACAAAGUUCACACAAACUGUUCAUCAUUAUAUAACAGGAUUUCGAAACAGCUCCCGGCUGCACUGGUGCCCCCGAACUAUUAAGAUUCAGGUCAACUCCCUCCUCCCAGAUAAAACAUCUACAUCAUGCAAUUCAAUACCACACACCCCUUUCACAAGAAAAGUCUGGCUGUUUGCAGGACUUUCAGUUAAUUACAAAGAUCCUUCUGGCCAGAGAUUUAACAAUGAUUUUACAUUCCUUACUCGAGUGCUUGGAUUUCAAAACUAGCUUGUUUUUGAUUAGUUUAUUCCUGUUGCUUAUAAUUAUAAUUAAAAGUAAAAAUCCAGCAAACUUUCCACCUGGACCUUGGGCACUACCCAUCUUAGGAAAUGUCUUCACUGAUGUUAACUAUAAUACUGUGGACCAGCUGGUUGAGAAGUAUGGAAAUAUCUUUAGCCUGAGAAAGGGAAGUGUUAAACUAGUCCAUGUGUCUGGAUAUAAAAUGGUGAAGGAGGUUUUGAUCACUCAAGGUGAAAACUUCCUCGACCGUCCUGUUUCUCCUCUAUUUGAUUCACUGUAUAAAGGCAGAGGAAUAUCCUUUAACAAUGGCUACUCAUGGAGGAAGCAACAACAGUUUGCUAUGACUCAUCUGAAAAACUUUGGAGAAGGGAGAAAAACUCUGGAAGAACAAAUUCAACGGGAGUGCUACUUCCUAUGCGGAGCCUUCAAAGAAGAGCACGGCCACCCGUUUGACCCUCUUGUCAAAAUCAACAAUGCAGUGGCCAAUGUUAUCGGCGGUCUAGUGUAUGGUCACCGAUAUGAGUACGAUGAUGUUGAUUUCCAAAAACGCCUACGAAAGAGCGCAGAGUCUGUGUUUCUUGGAGGAUCGGUUUGGUUCCAGAUGUAUGAGACCUUCCCAAGUAUAAUGAAGUGGUUGCCAGGACCUCAUCAAACAAUGAUCUCCAACUAUCAAGAUUUAGCAAGGUUCCUAAAAGAGAAGAUUGAGGAACACAGACCAGACUUGGACAGCGAUAAUCCUAAAGAUUUUAUUGAUACCUAUCUCUCAGAAAUAGAAAAGCGUAAGAAUGACAUGAAGGCAGGAUUUGAUAUUAGCUGUCUGGUAUGGAACACAGUUGAUCUGUUUGAAGGUGGAACAGAAACAACAACCAACACUCUGCGAUGGGCUUUGCUUUUCCUUAUCAAGUACUCUGACAUUCAAGAGAAGGUCCGUGCGGAGAUAGACCAGGUGAUUGGGUCCCGUCUACCUUCUUUGGCAGAUAGGGCAAACAUGCAUUAUACCAACGCAUUUAUCCAUGAGGUGUUAAGGAAAGCAAACCUUGUGCCAAUCAAUAUGACCAGACUUACAAAACAGGACACAACUGUGGACGGCUACUUUAUACCAAAGGGGGCUAUACUGGUCACUAAUCUGAUGUCAGUGCUUUAUGAUAAACAUGAAUGGGAAACACCAGACACCUUCAACCCUGGACACUUUCUAGACUCUGAGGGCCAGUUUCGUAGGAGAAACGCUUUCUUUGCCUUUUCAGCAGGUAAAAGGCAGUGUCCAGGUGAGUACUUAGCUCACAUGGAGAUGUUUAUCUUCCUCACCAUCCUUCUGCAGACCUUCACCUUCAGUCCUCCACCUGGUGAGGAGCCCAGUUUGAAGAGCAUAGUGGGCUUCACACAAGCACCACUUCCAUACAAGCUCUGUGCUCAUCCGAGGUGAAUGACAUUGACUCCAGCGUCCACAGGAACUUAAAGUUUUUGCAGCAUAAUGAGUUUUUGUAAAAACACAAGAAUUGACAGAAGUUGCAAAUCCUCGAAAAAUUUAUGUCUGGCAAACUGAAAGAAGUGCGACCCCAAGAAAACAACCUUAACUUAAUAAUCCACAGGUAGGCGGCACAUUAGGAUUACCAACACAUGAAUGUAUUCUCAUUUUAUAGUACCUUUUAUAUUUGCACAUGCAUACAGUGGUACCUACAAAGUGAAGAAUACUUUAUAAACGAAUAAGCAUAACUAUAAGCAAUGGCUUAAGUUCAUAAUAUGUAUAUUUUUGUAUCUAACAUCAAUGUAUACAGCAAAGAAUUAAAUAUAAAAAAAAUCACUUUUAGUUAUUUGAGUUCAUUUUAAUCUGACAAGUAGGCCUAAUCAGAUGACGACAUUAAGAAACUACAUAUGUUUCUUGCCACAAACUUCUUAGGUCUUUUAUCGAAGUAACACACUUCUUAUACAAAAUCUUUAUCAUCCUUUCUCUCCAACACAUUUUCCACUUUUUAUUGUCUAGUUUGUAUACUCACAAUACCAAAUAUUAUAUAACACACAGCAAUCUGUCAGGAUGACAAACAAUAGACAAAGCAUUUCACUUUGUAUGUAUGUGACCAAUGAAAAGACUUUGAUUUUGUCCUGCUUUGUGUUUUGUAAUUUUUCAAAAUAAAAUAAAGCUUUUUUUUUUCUUUAACCUAGAGUGGACAUAUUUAUCGACCUGCAGUCUACAUAAACUAUUAAGAUAGGACUUUAUUAUGCACUACUGUCUGCAAGGGUCAACCGUAGUUAAUAAUGAACUUGAAUAAUGUAAGCAUAACUUAAAGCUGUUUCUCACACAUGCUGCAGACAAUCACAUCUCUUAUAAAAUUUCAAAACAAAAAGUCCAAAAUAUUUAUUUAGCUCACAUCCACUUGCAUAGAUUCUGUAUUGAAAACACUAUUCUGUAUACACUAUAAAAAAUGUUUUACCUCAA